AUGGAGAGGGAGAGUGGAAAAGAAGUAGGAGAAGGAAGCUCAAUGUCGCCAAGGGAACAACGAAACCUUAAAGAGAAAGAGCGACGAAUGCGCAUGAAACAUCUCUUUGAUGUACUCUCUUCUCAUGUUUCUCCCACUCAAAGGUUACCGGUGCCUCAACUUAUAGAUCAAGCGACAUCAUACAUGAUCCAAUUGAAAGAGAAGGUAAAUUAUCUGAGGGAGAAGAAAGUGACUUUGUUAGGAGAAAUGGGGAAACACUCGUCGUCUCCUCUGCCGAGACUCAGUAUUUAUUCGCGGGAUUCAACCAUACAAAUGAACCUAACUAUGGAUCUGAACAUGAAAAGAGUGAUGCUACACCAGCUUUUACGUGUUUUUGAAGAAGAAGGAGCUGAAGUUAUGAAUGCUAAUGUUCAGAAACUGAAUGAUAGGAUGAUCAUUUAUACAAUCAUAGCCCAGCAUCACAUACCGACAGCAAUUUUUGUCGGGAAAUCAUUGGAACAAGCUCUAACCGAUGGGUUUCCGAGAAAAUGCAAUUAG